AUGACCACAAUGGAUCUCAGAGUCGGUAACAAGUACCGCAUCGGCCGCAAGAUUGGCUCCGGAUCCUUCGGUGAUAUCUACCUGGGCACCAACAUCAUCUCUGGGGAAGAGAUCGCCAUCAAGCUCGAGAGCGUCAAGGCCAAGCACCCUCAGCUUGAGUACGAGGCUCGUGUCUACAAGUCCCUCGCCGGUGGUGUUGGCAUCCCUUUCGUCCGUUGGUUCGGAACAGAAUGUGACUACAACGCCAUGGUGCUGGACCUUCUCGGCCCCAGUCUGGAGGACUUGUUCAACUUCUGCAACCGCAAGUUCUCGCUCAAGACCGUCCUCCUGCUGGCGGACCAGCUCAUCUCCCGCAUCGAGUACAUCCACGCCAAGUCCUUCAUCCACCGUGACAUCAAGCCCGAUAACUUCCUCAUGGGUAUCGGCAAGCGUGGCAACCAAGUCAAUGUUAUCGACUUUGGUCUCGCCAAGAAGUACCGUGACCCCAAGACGCACUUCCACAUUCCCUACAGAGAGAACAAGAACCUGACUGGAACGGCCCGUUAUGCCUCCAUCAACACCCACCUUGGAGUCGAACAAUCCCGCCGUGAUGACAUGGAGUCUCUUGGAUACGUCAUGCUUUAUUUCUGCCGUGGCUCCCUUCCGUGGCAAGGACUUAAGGCUGCUACGAAGAAGCAGAAGUACGACCGUAUCAUGGAAAAGAAGAUGACCACCCCGACCGAGGUCCUGUGCCGUGGCUUCCCCAACGAAUUCGCCAUCUACCUCAACUACACCCGAUCCCUGCGCUUCGACGACAAGCCCGACUACAGCUACCUGCGCAAGAUCUUCCGUGAUCUGUUCGUCCGCGAGGGAUUCCAAUACGACUAUGUCUUCGACUGGACUGUUUACAAGUACCAGAAGAAUGCCGCCCAAAUCAAGCGGGACGAGCAGCAGGCGGAGGACAAGACCGGUGCUCCUUCCGGCCAGGCCAACACCGCCGCGGCUACCAAGGCCACUCCUGCCAUCCAGAGCAACCGCGCUCGCAAGAUGAUCGCUGAGAACCCCGACGCCUCGCGUGGUGUUGGCACGAGCGAUAGGAUUCUGCGAUAA